ACAUACGGGAAAGAGUUCGUCUUCGUAGAGCCUAUAAGUAGCGACUGCUUGUUUUCCCUUCUUCCAUCUGAGAACAGUAGUAGAACCAGAUAUGAAGAGAUAUACAGAAGGGGAGGAAGGAGAGACGGAGAGCAUGAACGUGGCUAAUGUCCUUAUUCUCCUCUCUUUCGGCGGCUGCGACGGAGAGGAGAUCGUCGACGUCUCGGCGCGCACAUCCCCUGCAGACAGAGUUUUCGAGUGCAAGACCUGCAACCGCCGGUUCCCGUCCUUCCAAGCUCUCGGAGGCCACCGGGCCAGCCACAAGAAGCCGCGGCUCGCCGGGAACGGGCGCGAGGAACUCGCAAGGGCGAGGGUCCAUGAGUGCUCCGUCUGCGGGCUCGAGUUCGCCAUCGGCCAGGCCUUGGGCGGUCACAUGCGGAGACACAGGGCGACGGCCAACAGCUUUCCGCAGGGCUCCUGCCUCCAAGAGAAGAAGCCGCGCGAGGAGAAGGCCUUGUGGUUGGAUCUGAACGCGCCACCGUCCGAGGGCGAGCGCGACUGCCGGUAGAAGAUCUUUGGGUUUGAGAUCAGUCCACCAUGGACUCAGCCACGGCGGGUGCUUGCUUUCGCUGACUGUUAAUGGCCACAUAUAUAUGACUCGUUGUCAUG